CCUGGUCUACGAUCCCACCAUGUCACCACACUAUGAGGUUUUCUUCAUUCCUCGUGUUCCUGGUGACGUACCGGCCGACAGUGACACGGCCUGCACCACAGAGUGGCCUCCUUCGCAGUACGUCAUGCAUGUCUUCUCAUCGAGGACAAAGUGCUGGAAGCAGAGGUCAUUUGCACGAGAUGGGGAUGCCCCUGGAACAAUCCAAGACGUUGUAUCGUGCAGGAAGUCUGAUAUGGAUCUGUACUAUGCCGCUUACUGGCAUGGGUCACUAUAUGUUCCCUGUAGACAAACGCAAGGUGGCUUUAUUUUGAGAAUAAACCUGUCGGAUGACAAGUACGAGGCAAUUAAGCUGCCACGAGGGUGCAGACAAUUUCGUCUUGGAAAAUCAAAGAAAGGGGUCUACUGUGUAUUGUAUAUCGACGGCCGAUGCAAGUUUCAGGUUUGGUUCCUUGACGAGUCGUGCGGUCUGAUAGUCUGGGUGUUCAAGACCGAAAUCAACCUCGAGCCAGCAUGGAGAAGAUACUGUUGGAGUUAUGGCGGCGGCCGUGGACCAUGGAUCUUGCAGACGAGCGAGGAGGCGGAGUUGUUGCUGAAGAGCGACCUCACGCUCGUACAAGAAUACAACCAAGCGGUAGAGAAAGAUGGUUUCGAAUGGCACUCUGACGAUGAAAAUGCAGUUGGCAUUGUUACAGAUGGGUCCGAAAAGUGCAAUUCUUACUUUGACACUCUUGUUCUUGGGUGUCUUGGAUUUCAUCCUUACAAAGAAAUUGUCUUCUUUCACGAGGACGAUUGUGGAACAGUUGCAUAUCAUUUAAACAGCUCCAAGGUUCGAUACUUGGGCAGGAUGGAGCACCAUUAUUCCGAGAUAGAGAUCAGUUUUCCAUACGCACCUUGUUGAACGAGAGACUUACCUGGAGGUAACUAACGCCAAGUCAUAUAUAUGUUUCUCCUUCAUACAUGGAGGGACUUACCUGGAGAUACCGAGCAUCAACAAGUGCGUACUACAGAGGUGCAGUAGGAGCUUAUGCAUAGUAUGGCAUGACAAAGCGCCAGUCCUUUGAUCAUAUGGCAAGGUGGCUCGAGGAACUCCGUGGCCAUGCUGACGAGAACACCCUUAUAUAAUACUAAUUGGGAAUAAACCAGAUCUUGGCACACUCCGGCUGUCCUGACUGAGGAUGCCAAGGAGCUUGCUGAAGGCGAGAGCCUGUUCUUCAUGGAGGCGGCUCUAGACAUAACAAUAUAUAUACUGUGGUGUUUCUGAGAGUUACAAGUUUCUAAGUAGUCCCGCUAUAUCUAGUUCUAAGUAGUCCUGCUAUAUCUACACAAUGAAGAACUUGGAUUAUUGGCAGGAGAGACGGAAGGGCUACAUCAAUAUUUAACUCACAUACAUUAAAUUCUUGAGGACAACUUUUUGUAUCCAAUUAUA